UUGCGACUACGUAUAAUUGAUCUUGAUCGCAUUGCGCGGGCAUAUUCGACGAUAAGAAUCAAUUUGCGUCUAGUCUGUGAUCGGUGACUGACAAAGGCAGACGUAGGGGCUCCAGGGGCGGUGGCGGAGCAGCGGCAGAGGGCAGAACCAGAAGUACAUAUGUGAUAACGAGACGUGACGUCUCGUCUCGCAGCGUCUGUUUAGAUAUAUCCUCUCGGAAUCUUCGAGUUUAGCGCUGACUCGAAAUGUCCGAGCAGAAUGUCAGCGAUCAAUAUACAACGUGGGUCGGAUUCGUGUACAUUUUCAAUCUCAUCGUUGGAACAGGCGCCCUGACUUUACCCGCGGUAUUCAGUCGAGCAGGAUGGGCGUUAGGAUUAAGUGUCAUUUUAAUAUUAGCUUUCAUCAGUUUCAUUACAGUUACAUUCGUCAUAGAAACGAUGGCGUCAGCUAACGCUAUAGUCACAUGGAGGCAUAUUCAGCAUCGAAAACGUAUUUUACAAACAAUAGGUGAAUCCGGUCCUUCCAAUUCAGAUUCGGAGGAUACUCCGCUCGUAGCACCCUCUUCGACUAGUCCAGAGCAUUCAGAUAUGUCUUAUAGAUACUAUGUGAUUCGUGAUAAGAUAGAGAUGGGUCAGAUGGCAUCCAUCUUUUUCAACAGAUUUGGCAUUAUCUUGUUCUAUUUAUGUUUUGCCAUAUAUCUAUACGGAGAUUUAAGCAUUUAUGGGGCAGCAGUUGCAAAGUCAUUAGCGGAUGUUGCCUGCACUUAUUUGUCAAAAAACCUUACGUGCAACGACACGAUACCAGACACUGAACCUUGCUGGGACGGUUUUAUGAUAAAUCGAUUCGAUGCAUAUAGAAUAUUUCUGACAAUGUUUGUACUAUCAUUGGGGCCGUUUGUGUUUUUUAAUGUUCAGAAGACCAAAUAUCUUCAGCUGUUGACUUCGAUAAUGCGCUGGCUUGCAUUUAUUGUAAUGAUUGUCUACGCUUUGAAAAAUCUUAUCGUACACGGUCCUCGAGGCGAUCCACCUAUCGCGGAUUUAGCCGGAGUUCCCAGUCUUUUCGGCGCUUGCGUUUAUUCCUUCAUGUGUCAUCAUUCGUUACCAGCACUUGUUUCACCGAUAGCGAAUAAAUCUAAGCUAAAUCGAUUUCUAGCACUCGAUUACACAUUAAUAGCUUUCUUUUAUUUAUUAUUAGCGAUGACAGGUAUCUUUGCCUUUGAGCAUUUGGAUGAUCUUUAUACUUUGGAUUUUGGACCGCGUGGCUCGGGUGAUUGUUCCAAGAAUAAUAAUAUUUUUAUUCUCCUUAUAGAAUAUUUUUUAGCGCUCUUUCCAGUGUUUACUUUAAGUACCAGUUUUCCCAUUAUAGCCAUUACUCUUCGAAAUAAUUUGCAGUCGCUCUUUUUAAAUGAGGAUAAGGCUUACAAUUUAUGUAUUCGGCAAUUCGUCUUCCCUAUCUUAGCAGUAAUACCGCCAUAUCUGAUCGCGAUGAGUACCAAAGAUUUGUCGAAAUUAGUUGGUAUUACAGGAUCAUAUGCUGGAGCAGGGAUUCAAUAUUUAAUACCUACAUUCCUGGUUUAUUAUGCCAGGCAAAAGACUAAUAAGAUCAUCGGCCUUGGCGUCGUUAAUAAAUUUGCAAGUCCUUUUUCGGGCAGGUAUUGGUUGAUUUUUGUUGUAGUAUGGGCGAUUGCGUGUAUGAUUUUAGUAUCGGUCAAUUUCAUGCAAAUACAUUUACAAUCCUCCUGAAGUAGUCAAUAACAAAAUUUGUAUUAUAUUUAUAUUAUACAAAAUCAAAAGAAAAUAGAGCUUAUGUUGUAAGCUCGAUUACUAAGAAGACACAGAUAGGUGUCAACAAAAGUAUUGGUCACAUAUUACGAAUGAUACAUUUCACAAUGUAUCGAUAGUAAAAAUAUAAACAUUACACAGAAUCAUUCAACAGUUUUAAUCGAUAUUGUAUAAGCACUCGAUACAAAUUGAAUGAAUGGUGACAUGAAAGUGAAAAAUCAGAGAUACACUAAGAAUAAUUGCCGAUAUAUUUGACGAAAUUUGAAAUCUGUAUGAAAUUUCAUAACUUGGGACGCUGAUCGUUAUUUGUGGCAGUAUAUGCUCACAUGUUUGUAUGAUGAACCGACAAUACUUUAGCACAAGUCAGCGUGUACAACUUAAAUAUCGAAUAAGUUUCAUAUAAGGAUAUAAUGUGCAUGUAGAGAAAAAGAAUUUACUCGUUCUCUUUAUAUGUAUAUAUAUAUAUAUAUAUAUAUAUAUAUAUAUAUAUAUAUAUGUAUGUAUGUAUGUGUAUGUGUGUACACACACACACACACACACACACACAUAUAUACAUACAUAUAUACUUUAUUUUCAUAGAAUUGCCCCGGGACCGAGAAGUGCGUAAUUUCAUUAUUGUAAGGAAAUUCUAAUAAUUCGUUGUAUCUGUAUUUUUUUUUAUACAGUAAAAUUAUUUCUCCAUA